AUGAUGAUGCCCCAUAUGAGAGUCCGCUGGGAGCUCCUACAUGACAAGGAGGCAUUGCAAUCUAUUCAAACAGCCGCUGCCAGUCUAUACUCACGUUACGACUCACGCGUCGGCGCUAUCCGUUCUUGGGACUUCCUAACGUGGCAAAGAGGGGUCAACAUCACAGACAGAACAGACAAUUUUCUCGUUAUUGUUGAUUCCCUCUGCAACAUGGAGCUGAUGUAUUACGCAGCUGAGCACACGGGAUACAGGUAUCUCGCUGACGCAGCAACGUCACAUGCAAAAACCUUGCUGAGAACACAUCUCCGCGAAGAACCCAGCUAUAAGAGGGACAACUAUGAUGGAGUGCUCUACAGCACAAAUCAUGUUGUCAACUUCUCGCCCGUAACUGGAGACAUUAAGGAGAUCCGUACAGCUCAAGGAUAUAGUCCAGAUUCCACAUGGUCUCGUGGCCAAGCCUGGGGGAUCUUGGGCUAUGCCCAGAUUUAUACCUGGACAGGAGAUGCCAUCUUCCUUGACGCUGCAUGCGGCCUAGCAGAGUAUUUCAUGCUGAGAAUGGAGCAAGCUCCAGCCUGUGUUGAGAUUGCUCAGCCGCAUCUAGAUGGACGCAAAGCUGGCAGAUACGUGCCAUUGUGGGAUUUUGAUGCCCCCAUAGAAGACGCGAAUGCCCCGUUACGGGAUGUAUCAGCUGGCGUUGCAGCUGCUUAUGGCAUGCUUCUGCUUGCGCAGAUUCUGAUGUCGCUGGGUCGUCAUGAGCCUGCAAAUCGCUACAUGAACAGUGCAUUCACCAUAAUCCAAGACACCUUGAAUUUUUCCUUGUCACAAGAGAAGUUGCGGCUCGAAUGCAACUCAACUGGCUCUAUAUCUGCGGUUGCUUGCGAGCCUUUGCAGAACAGGUUUGACAGCAUACUUCGAAAUUCGACAGUAACGUGGAAUGCAGCCAGCAGAAGUGCAAGCGCGGACCAUGGGUUAGUUUAUGCUGACUAUUAUUUGAUUGAAUUUGGAAAUAAGCUUUUGCAGUUGGAUCUUUUUAGUCCUUAG